AUAUGCAUUAUUUGUAAAACAUUAGUAUCACUUUAUUCAGAGCAGAUGGUUCUAUAUAGCUGAGAGAUGCUGUAAUUUUCAGCACACAUAGGCUACUGCAGCUGUUCACUUGAAUGUUGGCUUAGGAUCACAUUCUUUCCACCUGAACAUGAAAAUAAAUGUGCAAUUAAGAGAGAAUUGUUUGUUGUCCUUGGUAAAUCCUGCUAAUUUGGAUCAAUGAACACUUCAAAUUUGAGAAUAAAACACAAAAAGGGGAAAAAGGCCAUUCCUACAGAGCCUCAGAGCACAGCAUUUGUGACUACUUCCUUUAAAAAGUACGUUAGUGUUUUGAAAAGUAAUUUAUCUUAAUUGGGAUAAUCCACUUUAUCAUCUUUUCAGUGGACUUGUUUCAUCAGUGCCAGGAGCAGGUUACCCUUUGGAGUUUGUCACAAGGGAAUAAAAUGUUGUUCCAGUUGCAGCUCUUCAGGAAAACUAGAUCAUGCUUUUUCUAAUGAGUACUCUUAAUAGAUGUAUCCCAUUUUUUGCACUGUGCUGAACUUACCUCUUGGAAGAUACUUCUGUAUGCAGAACAUAGAAAUAUGUUCCCAGAAAUGUCUAAAUUGGACUUCUAGUAAGAAACUCAAUUUAGCCCCUCUCGUAUUAUUAGGAUAUUCAGUUAUGCAAUCCCUGAACACAGUUGGCCUCAUCAGUUGUUUGGAUAUGCACUGAUUGCAAAUGGUGCUUUAAACAGGACUGUUAAGACAGAUCUAUCAGAGGUACUGAUGCUCCUCUGCAAUUUUACAAGAGGCAUUUUUGUGGGAACUCCUCUUAGCAGUUUAAUUAUGAGGCUAGAUUUCAGUGAUUGAUGAAUUUCUUUAGUGAACUUCCUGAGUUGAAAUAUGUAUUACUGGAGAAUUAACUUACAUAAUUUUCUCUUGCAUGUUGUCCUAAACAGUUGGUCUCAAACAGGACAGGCUGCCCAAAUCUUAGCUAUUAAGAUGCUAUUAAAAAUCCAUUGUAUUUACCAGCUGUUGCUGUUCAGUCACUGACUGAGGUGGCAGAGAGCCUUUUGUAGAUGUGGCAGCUUAUCGACAAGUGCUUGUGUACAAGCAGACUCCUCCUAAUUAUUUCUGUUGCAUCUCGCAGUCAUGCAGUCAGUUACUUUGGGGUGAGACACAUUAGAAUUAGACUGGUUGGAGUUGAAAGUAUCUUGGAGAUCUUCUGUCUCUAGUAUACUUGCCAUGAACAGGGACACCUUCUGCUACAUCAAGUUGCUCAAAGUUCUGUCCCACCUGACCUUUCAAGGAGCUUUUCAAGGGAUGAGGCAUCCACAGCCUCUCUGGCAGGUAAUUGCUGCCAUGGAAACACAACUUUCUAAUGGACCAACCUGUAAUAACACAGCCCAUGGUUCAACCACCAUAAACAAUUGCUCAUCACCAGUUGAUUCUGGGAACACAGAAGACAGCAAGACCAAUUUAAUAGUCAACUACCUUCCACAAAACAUGACACAAGAGGAAUUGAAGAGUCUGUUUGGCAGUAUUGGGGAGAUAGAAUCCUGCAAGCUUGUCAGGGACAAAAUAACAGGACAGAGCUUGGGUUAUGGUUUUGUGAACUAUGUUGACCCCAAGGAUGCUGAAAAAGCUAUCAAUACCCUGAAUGGAUUGAGACUUCAAACUAAGACUAUAAAGGUUUCUUAUGCACGACCAAGUUCAGCUUCUAUCAGAGAUGCCAAUUUGUAUGUUAGUGGACUUCCAAAAACAAUGACCCAGAAAGAACUGGAACAGCUCUUUUCCCAGUAUGGACGUAUUAUUACUUCUCGUAUUCUGGUUGACCAAGUCACUGGGGUGUCACGGGGCGUGGGGUUUAUCCGGUUUGACAAGCGAAUUGAAGCAGAAGAAGCUAUCAAGGGCUUGAAUGGCCAGAAACCUCCAGGUGCCACAGAGCCCAUCACUGUAAAGUUUGCUAACAAUCCAAGCCAAAAAACCAAUCAGGCCAUUCUUUCCCAGCUGUACCAUUCUCCAAACAGAAGGUAUCCCGCCCCUCUAGCUCAGCAGGCUCAGCGUUUUAGGUUGGACAAUCUGCUCAACAUAGCUUAUGGAGUAAAGAGUAGGUUUCCUCCAAUGACCAUUGACGGAAUGACCAGUUUGGCCGGAAUUAAUAUCCCUGGACAUGCAGGAACUGGGUGGUGCAUUUUUGUAUACAACUUGGCCCCUGAUGCUGACGAGAGUAUCCUCUGGCAAAUGUUUGGACCCUUCGGAGCAGUAACCAAUGUGAAGGUCAUCCGUGACUUUAACACCAACAAGUGCAAAGGUUUUGGAUUUGUAACGAUGACAAACUACGACGAGGCAGCUAUGGCAAUAGCCAGCCUGAACGGAUACCGCCUUGGUGACAGAGUAUUGCAGGUCUCCUUCAAAACAAACAAAACGCACAAAGCCUAACAAGUUAUUCUCAGUGCAUUAAUACAUGAAAAUUAUACAACAAAGGCAAUUUACAAGAAGCUUUAUGCAUUAGUAAAUGCCUUUGUUGUAUGCCAGUGUGGAAAUGGGGAUAAAAUGACUACUUAGCAUCCUAAGAAUAUGUGAGAUUUUUUUAUUGCUAAUGUUUGAAUUAGAACUUCUUAUCUAUCUUUUGUGUUUGAGUAUUGACAAGAGGUACAGGGUUUUUACCUGUCACAAUGCGUAUUCUAUUGCCUUCUUUGAAGAAGGUGGACCUUUUAAAAUGUUUCAGCUAAGGGAAGAAGUUUUUUUUUCUUCAUACAUGACUGCCUUUAGACUAUGAGUAAAUAUCGAGGCUUUGUGUAAUACUAUAAAUUUUCUUUUGUCAUUUCUUGAUUUGCUUUGUGUUUAAUUUACAUUGUAAUGCAUUACUAUUUUGUUUUGUUGUUCAAGAAAAGUAUCUGAAGUUUACAUUUUAUUUAUAAAGUUAUGAGCAGUAUUUAUUUCAUCAUCUUCAUUUGGGUUGGGGAAUGGGAACACAUUAUAAAAGCUUAUUGUAAGAAUACUGGAGAACUUUUCGUAAAGCAGUACCUUGCCAAAGAGAUAAGAGCCUCUUUGAUGUGGGUUUAAAAAAGCAUCUAUUUUUAUAAAAAAAAAUAAAAAAUUUGGAGAAACUUUUUACUGGUCCUGGAACAAAUAUUUUGACUUGAAUACUUUGAGAAAUCUCUUCGUAUGACACCUAGUGAGCUUUUAAAACUUACCAGGAGAUUUGCAAUUGUUGGGAAAAGAUUUAGAAAGAUUUAUGAUGUAGAACUACUUUUGAGACCUUUGUAUUAAGAGGUAAAGUCAAUGGGAUGCACUGUUGGUUUCAUUUUUUGUAAUCAUCAGUGGAGUCUUUGAUCAUCCUGGUUGUUAAGUGAUAGGUGGCUCACUUUAAUUUGUGAUUUUGAAGCAAAUGAAAAUUUUAAAAAAAGAAUAUAAGAGCAAGCAGAAAACUUUAAACACUGAGAUAUGGGGGAAAAAAAAAAUCUGUUCUUCCUAAAGAAUUCCCUUCAGAUAGAGCUCAUGGUGUUUAGUGAUGUACUUGCUAUUGUUUGAAGAAUUGUUUUGUCUUAAGAAAAGACAUCGAGCAUGGUUUGUGCAGUAGCAAAUCAGCAGAAGUGGCCUGAGUUGGAUAGUUAGGAGGUAUUUUGAAAGUUAUGUUUAAGGCUAACACCUGAGCUUUGUGUAAUGUAAAUAAGACCUAAGUUAUGAACCUUUCAGCUAAUUUUGAUUAUUUUUUUAAGUUACAUGCCAAGUGAUGUUCAAUUUUGAAUGUUUUUGUAUAAGUUUUUUCUUUGUAAAUGGCAUUAACAUUGUUACUUGAGGUCUGCUUCUUUUUCUUUUUUUUUUUUUUUUUUUUUGUCCUGAGGACUUGAAUUUACAGUGCAUCAGAUCUGUUGCUAUUUUUGUCUGUAGAUAGUCUAGCUUCAGCUGUUUAUGGUGAUGCAACAUUUUUGUUUAUAAAUAUGUUUGUGGUAAAAAAACAAGUAUAAACAUAUGUUUUGAGCAAAUUUCCUUACAUUUUUCAUAUGAAAACCAUAAAUACCUGUAUGCUAUUGAAGUUUAACUUUGUAUGAUGCUUAAAUCACUAUUUGGGGAAAUAGAAAAAGUCUUUACCAUGUAUUGAAGAAAUUUAAGGAAAACAAAUACAGAAUAUUUUCUGAUUAGCAUCUAGCUUAUAAUUAAAUUAAAAAAAAAAAAAAGCUGAGGGUUUGAUGCCUUCACCAGGAUGCACUGACAACUAUGUAGUUACGUCCUGCUUUUUGUAUAAACUGAGAUGCUCAUACGCUUCCCCUUAGAAAAAGCAAUGUUCUAUGCAUAAAAUAGUUGUACACUAUCUUUGCAGUUGUUUUUGGUUCUUAUUCUUUUAAAUUGUAGUUAUAAAAUUUUCAGUAUAGUACAGUACAUAUACUGUGAAGCGCGUGCUAAAGUGAAUAAGCAAGUUUUCAUGCUGACCCACUCAAUGCUAUUCAAAAAUCAAUUGGCUUCCUGAGUACUUCAUUCUUAGAUGCAUUUAGGUUGUUAAAGCUAAUCCUCUGCGUUAAAAGUUGUAUAUAGUAUAGAAAUCACAAACUUUCCAAUGUGGGAGAAAUAGUAGCUACAUGCUUCUUUCAUAUACUACUGUAGCAACUAACGGCAUUGAUGAGAAGGCAUGUAAAUUGGGCUUCACUUUACAGUGUUUAUCAGAGCACUUAGUAAAAUAUAAGGCUGGUAUUUAUUUGAAGUUGUAUAGUAUGACUUAAUUCACAUUUGUUGGAAUAGAGAAUAUAUUCUGUUGGAUAUUUAAGAGGUUGUACAUGUUUUCUUUUUGUGUUUGGAUUCUUUGUACUUUUUCAUGUUCAGUACAUCAAUAAACAAAGUUGAAGGGAAAA